UGUUGGCGGAAGAAGCCAGUUAGAGGGUGUCAGGUCGCGUUAGCAGGAAUAUGGGGUGGCUGUGGCCCCCUGUGAGUUAUCUGCUGCUGGGGGGCCAGGGGCUGCUCCUCACCUUCUCCCUUAUCGCCACCCAGAAUAGCACCAGCCCCGCCACGUCUCCUGAGCCCAGCAGCACCCCGGUCCCUGAGCCCAGAGACCCCAGAGGACCCCUCGUAUUGUGCGAGUACUUGCCAGAAGAGUUUAUAGACUGCGAUGAUCCAGUAGACUACACUGGGAACGUGACCAGCCAGCUAGACCCGGACUUUGGCUGCACCAAGUUUGGGGGACAGGCGUAUGCUGAGGUUAAUCACACAAAAGUAUGGUGCCGAGCGUUGCCUGGCAUUGAGUGCGAUGGACCCCCUACCUUCCAACGUGGGAACAAGCCUUGCAUCAAAUACACAGGUCAUUAUUUCAUUACCACCUUGCUCUACUCCUUCUUCCUCGGCUGCUUUGGGGUCGAUCGCUUCUGCCUAGGACACACCGGCACGGCUGUGGGUAAACUCCUCACCUUGGGAGGUUUGGGCAUCUGGUGGUUUGUAGAUCUCAUUCUGCUCAUCACCGGAGGGUUAAUGCCAAGUGACAACAGCAAUUGGUGCACCAUCUAUUGACAGUGUUCCUCUAAGGAGGAUAUUAAUACAUUGCAGCCAUAGGCUGUCUCCGAGGCUCGUCCUCUCGCAGGGUGGACGGGAGUCACAUCACCUCAGGUGCACUCUUAUGUAUAUUGACUAUACAAAGGAAUGAGUCCAUCCUUGGACCGAAGACCGUACUGAAGCGUUGCCGCAUUCAGCCUGAUUUGUAAUAUAAAAUGCUGUAAAUACGUUAAUGUAACUAUAAUAAAAUAACUACCA